GAGACUGCCACAACAUGAAUGGAGGCGGGCACAUCUAAUUGGUUGGCUUCAGGAAGGCCCAAUGAUUAUUGUACUUGUCUCCAUUGUGUAUUGGAUGCUACAGGAACCGGUGGCAAUGUUGAUGCCUACUCCUCCAUAAUUAGGGAAUCUAUAGUUUGUCCAGUUGCCAAUCUCUUCUAUCGAUCUCAUCUGGUGCACUUAUUUGAUCUUAACAUUUUUUUUACAAGUUCAUCCUUGCAUGUAAAUAGUUGUCCUUCGUUGUUUGUUCGGUGUGAUGCUCAGCAAUCUCUGAGUGUCCAUUGUUAUGUUGCGACACGAGUAAGGAAGGGCAAAAUGAAGAAUUGGAGCAUCAGAGAGGAAAACCUAGCUAAUCUUACUAUUGGUCAGUAGCAGGACAACUGUAAAUCUCCUAGCAAAUGCAGUUCACAUUGUUUGUAGAAAGUUAAGGAACUGCUCAAUGGUGGUAAACCUUUUAUGAAAUUGUGUUGUUGGAAGGCCUGUUAGGCUGUAAUAUACAAUAUUUGCUGUUAUUAUGCCUAGUCAAGUCCUUUCUGUGGUUUU